AUGUCUGGCCUUGGAAAUCGAAUGUGGCAAUCUCGAAACACGAGAAACAGGAACAAUAUCGGAAUGGGUGGCCAGUAUGACAAGAUAUGCAGGCACUUUCAGCGUGGAACUUGCCGAUUUGGUUCAGAUUGCAAGUUUUCUCAUGACAGCAACACUGCCAAAGAAUCUAGAUCAAAUCGGGCCGCAUCCCAUCCUACGGCCGACGAUUUGGAUGCACAAAACCGAUACCUCGACUGGAGGCGGAUUCUCAGAUACGGGAAUUUUGGAAUUUUUCCUGGUAAAACAGAGCACUCACAUAUCCUCAAGCUGUGGGAAGGGGCUCUUGAUAUCCUUGACGGCGACAAUAGGGGCAAUCAUCAGCUUCUCGCCAGAGACCUUGUGGAUGACAAGCUUCAUGGACACAAAUUCAUCCUGGAAACUACUCAUACCACAAGCCAGUAUGCAACAUACGCCAUUCCUGUCUAUGUUGAGCCAUUCAUCAAAGUCAUGACUCAUCCGUCUCUCUUGAACUGUCUCUCUGUUGAUUCGUUUGUUGGAACAAUGUACGCAUCCUUCGGUGGCCCGAAUGGAGAUCGAGCAAUCGGCUUUCUCGAAAGCGUUUGUCGGUCCCUUGUCAGAGUCUAUGAGCAGCAGAGUGACACUGAGACAUCUAUGAAGCCAGAUCUCAUGAAAUCACUGGUGAAUGUGCUUUACCAGCUUCUAUACAGAGUCCGACAGGCACGAUUCCAUGAUGACCUUCUUAUACUUCUCGAUUUAUUGGAAGAACUGCUGAGAGUAUACCCCAGAGUGUGCUCCACGACGGACUUAGAUGCUCUUUCCAGCAGACUGGAGGUCAUGCGCUGCAUGGUCGCUGCCGCAAACAGCAACCUUGCUCCAGCAAAUCCGACUGAGGAGCCUCAGGGGACCGGGGUAGUUCGGUUGUCGUUCCCACUGGAAAUGGAGCUUCCUGGAGGCAGGCAUGACAAUGAUCUUGCCGACAUCUCUGAGAUCACACUGCUUCCUACCUAUGGAGAGAUUGUCAGCGAGAACUCGGAAUAUUUACCAUCCACCAACCUUUCCCAGCCCCAGUUCUUACAAGAUCCCCUGCUCAGAUACAUUGAUUCCACAUUCAGACUGCUACGCCAUGAUAUCUUUGGGUCUGUCAAAGAUGUGCUUCGAGAUUUGUUACAGCAGAGCGAUCUCAAACGCCCCUACCUAUCCGACAAGAGUAGCCAGACACAUCUUUAUAUGGCAUCACAGGUCCGAUCCGUUUUCAUCAACGAAAAACAUGAGCUUGAAGCCAUUGUUUCCUUCGCAGAUCCACAGCAAAUUCGCAAGAGCUCUACUGUCGAAAGAUGCAAAUGGUGGCAAGAUUCCAACCGACUAGAAGAGGGCACCCUGGUCUGUUUUUUGGCUUCUGAAGGCAAACAAAAUAAAGUCCUUUUCCUCGAAGUGACAGGCAAAAAUGCUUCCAAGGACCAAACGGGAAAGAGCAAGAGUAGCCUCGUAUCUGACGGGUAUCAACCUAGCAUCACGGUCAAGCUUGCCGCAUGCUUGCCUGAAGAUCUGAAACUUCUAGGUCAGCUCUACAGUGAAGAGCUUCCUGGUAUUCUCGUUGACUUCCGGGGCCUAAUGCCUGCCACCUUUUCCCCCAUUCUCCAGAAUCUACAGCGAAUUCAGCGGGAGAAAGAGUUGGCAUUCCAAAAAUGGAUUUUGCCAGCCCGUUACGAUGAGUGCGACAGUUCCAACAUACCACCGCCGGCAUACACUCGACGACCACAAUUUGUCUUUCCGCUUGCCUCUAUUACAAAGACCGGUACUCAAGAGCUCACUUUGGAUCCCAACGCCCCAGGAUCCAUUGAUAUCCUGAAAAUGGAAACCCUGACUGGUCUCGACCGUGGCCAGUGCCAAGGACUGAUUGCCGCUCUGACACGAGAAUAUGCCCUCAUUCAAGGCCCACCGGGAACUGGGAAGUCCUACCUAGGUGUCAAACUUGUUCAGGUUCUUCUAGCCAUCAAGAAAAAGGCAAGACUAGGCCCGAUUGUUGUGAUAUGUUACACAAACCACGCUCUGGAUCAAUUCUUGAAGUCUCUUCUUGCUAUUGGUAUUCAAAAGACCAUACGUGCUGGCGGGCGCAGCCAGGCCACCGAACUGGAAGGCAAGAACCUUCGCAUUGUGAGCAAUAGCAUCAGCAAGACGAGGGUGGAAUCUCAAACUCUCGGUCAGUCGUAUAAUGAAGUCGAAAAGUACAUGAAGUCCGCUGCAUAUUCCAUGCAGCCUCUCCACCAGUCUCGAAAAGGUCCUACUUGGGAUCGAAUGCAGCAAUUUUUGAGCCGCAAGUGGCCCAAGAUUCACAGACAACUGACGGGGGGGGACAAGGACGGAUUUGAAGUCAUCAGCAAGGAGAAGGAUCCCCUGCUCAGCUGGCUGGAGCUGACAUCAAGAGACUUUUGGAGAUUGAGAAAGGAAAAAGAGGCUGAAUAUGUGCAUCUGGAAAAUCUGACGCGCAUUGCGAAUCAAAGCAUUUACGGCCUCGAGAUGUCAGAUCGUCGAGCUCUCGCGAGGAGUUGGUUUAAAGAAUGGUAUGAGGAAGAAACCGCCCCGCUCUUCGAAGCAGUCGAUAGCGCUGAACGUCUUCGCAAAGAUAUAAGCGCCGUUCAUGAAGAAAUCAACCGCCGAGCUCUAAUUCAAGCCGACGUAAUAGGCAUCACGACAACGGGUCUCGCGCGUCAUGUUGACACAUUACGCCGCAUAGAAGCGAAAGUCGUUAUAUGUGAGGAGGCUGCUGAGGUUAUGGAAGCUCAUGUCAUCUCAGCCCUCAUGCCAGGUGUUGAGCACUUCAUCCAGAUCGGUGAUCAUCGUCAACUACGGCCCCAGAUUCAAAAUCACUCGCUUAGCCUUGAGACAACUUCUGGAAUGUCCUGGCAGCUUGACCGAAGCCAGUUUGAGAGAAGGGCUGUUGGAGAGCCGGGCCUUCGUGCUGUUCCCGUCGCGCAACUCAAUGUUCAAAGAAGGAUGAGGCCUGAGAUCUCGAGAUUGAUUGGAAGCGUCUAUCCAAAACUCGAGGACCACGAAAGCGUUUUGAAUCUGCCAAAUGUGGUCGGAAUGCAAAACAAUAUUUUCUGGCUAGAUCAUCGGCGCAAUGAAGACGCAAGAGAUGACGGCAGUCGGGUGAAAUCACACAGCAAUCAGUGGGAGGUCGACAUGGCCACUGCUCUUGUGCGUCAUCUUGUUCGACAGGGAGAGUACAAGCCUGAAGAUAUCGCUCUUCUCACCCCCUAUACCGGCCAACUGCGAAAUCUACGGGCAUCUCUCAGCAAGUAUUUCGAAAUUUGCCUCAGCGAGCGAGACUUGGAGACUUUGGCAGCGGAGGGAUUCGAGAAGAGUUCCUAUGAGUCCUCGGAAACUAAUAACCAAAAAUCAAUUGAGAAAAAGACACUGCUUCAGACACUCCGUCUUGCUACGGUUGACAACUUCCAAGGUGAAGAGGCCAAGGUGAUCGUCGUGUCUCUGGUCCGCAGUAACUCAAACCGCAAGGUUGGCUUCCUCCGAACAGAGAACAGAAUCAAUGUACUUCUUAGUCGAGCACAGCAUGGGAUGUACCUAAUUGGAAACUCGGAGACCUACCUCAAUGUUCCAAUGUGGGCUGAUGUUUAUGCACAGCUCGCCAACAAAAACGCAGUCGGUACUGAGUUAGCCCUCUGUUGUCCCCGUCACACAGAGGUACCUAUUCUCUGCUCUGAGCCUCACGACUUUGAGAAGAAGAGCCCUGAAGGCGGUUGUGAUCUCCCGUGUACUCGUCGACUUGAGCCAUGUGGACACCAAUGCCAGGCUAAAUGCCAUGCAUCAGUUCUCCACGACGCAUUUUCUUGCUGCAAGCCUUGCCCUCGGGUUCGAAAAACCUGUGAUCACGCGUGUCCCAAGUUCUGUGGUGAGAAAUGUGGUCUUUGUUUGGUCAAAAUCCCUGAUGUCCUGCUUCCCUGUGGUCAUGUUAAAGAGAAGAUCUUUUGCCAUCAGAUGAAUAAUCUGGCAGCCAUCAAGUGCGAUGUGAAGGUUGAAAAGACAGUCUCGCGCUGUGGCCAUCCCAUCCAAAUCGGUUGUUUUGCAGACGUCACAUCUGAGUCCUUCCAUUGUCCAAAACCAUGCAUACAGAUUCUCAGCUGUGGUCAUAAAUGUGAAGCUACGUGUGGAAGAUGUCUUCAAAAGAGCGAUAGUGGCGUGGAAUCUUUUGAUCACCCAGCUUGCAAGAAGAAAUGUGACCGUCCAUAUGGUACAUGCAAUCACAAGUGCCUCAAGGUGUGCCAUGAUGGUAAAAGCUGCGGCAGUUGUGAGGCAAAGUGCGAGGUUCGAUGCUCGCACUCGGCAUGUAAAUCUCCCUGCGCAAAGGCAUGUGCACCAUGUAUCGAGAAAUGCACAUGGUCCUGCCCUCAUCAAGGCUCCUGUUCGAUGCCUUGCGCAGCACUCUGUGACCGACUUCCUUGCGAAGAACGAUGUGAUAAGAUCCUCAAGUGUGGACAUCGAUGCCCGAGUCUUUGCGGAGAAGACUGUCCAAGUGGUCUAUGUCAAGAAUGUGGCGACAAGGGAGAUGCUCGUGUGGACUUUUUGGAAUCAAAACUCUACUCCGAGAUCAACCUCGACGAAACUCCAAUUGUUCUUCUUGGGUGUGGUCAUUUCUUUACUAGUGAGUCUGUUGAUGGAGUAGUUGGCCUGGAUGAGGUGUAUACCAGAGGCAAGACUGGCAAAUUUAACGGUCUUCGGGAUGUAUCUGCCUCUCUUGCAAGCACCAUGCCCUCAUGUCCUGACUGCAGGAUGCCUAUUCGUCAAUUUGUGACAAAGCGGUACAAUCGCGUUAUCAAUCGCGCUGUUAUGGACGAAACAACCAAACGAUUCCUUACAAACGGACAAGCCGACCUUGCAAGUCUGCAAUCUCGUCUCAAGAGUUUCGAAAUUUCGCUUUCUGUUAAGAGAGACACAGGGUCAAUAUUCGUCGGCAAAGCACAGCCGAAAUCUUUAUAUCUGGAAGGUUUGCAAAUCUCAAAAGAGGCUGCAGCUCUCAGCAAAAAGAUGGGUGUAGAGCAUCAGCCAACAAAGCGACUUAUGGAUGCAAUCGCUCUGUCUCAGAGGCCUCUGUCGGACGAAACUAUCUCCAUAUCAAGCCAGAUGAAGAAACUUAAAAUAGUGGCCCCACAGCCUGACGACCAGAUCUCUCUCGGUGCACGAUUGAUUAAUAUCAAGACUCGGGGAAUCAUUCUUCGGCAUCAAUUCGGAGAGAUGUCAAAACGGAUGUCUAAUGACCGAGCCCUGGCCCGGUUCCUGGGGACGACUCAGCCUCAGUCCCAAGAGCUUUGUCAAGACAGCAUGCCUUUUCUCAAGGACUGUCAAGGUUUGAUCAUUCAAGCUAAGGCUGUAAGCCUCUCUCGUAUUGUCAUCACUGCAACGCUCGCAUUUGCCAUGGUCAUCCAACUGAAAGGAUGGUCUGAUCGUAGUUCUCCAAGAACUACCACAGAAGAUGACUCUGAUAUGGACAAAUUGAAGGGCACAGGCUUGGAAACAGUUGCGGAUCGUAUCAACAUCACUCGUGACUUCCUGAAAGAUGCCUUGAGUCGAUGUCAGGAGCUAGGGAACUGCCAGGACCUUCAGGAGAGGGUUAAUGAGAUGACUCGCUUAUUUGAAGGUCCUCGCUACGAGAACGUGACUCCAGAGGAACUUGCGUCUAUCAAGAUUGCCAUGGUUGGUGGUCCAAGAGGGAUUGCGACUAACUCUGGGCACUGGUACAAUUGUGUCAAUGGGCAUCCAUUUGCCGUUGGAGAAUGUGGUAUGCCAAUGGAGCUUGCUACAUGUCCCGAGUGUGGAGCGGGUAUCGGAGGUCGAAAUCACCAGGCUGUCGAAGGAGUAUCGCGUGCAGAACAGAUGGAGUAA